AUGUCAGCCGUCGAGCCUAUCCUUGGGCAAUCCGUCGGCUAUGGGAUCCUCUGCGGAGCGGGCGCUGUCUUUGCCCUAGGCAUGACGCUGGUCUCGAUAGGACUGAGCAGAUAUUUUGCCGAGAAGCAGACUUCGGAGAUGUUUAUGACUGCCAAGCAUUCGGUGCGAACGGGUUUGACUGCCUCUGCGGUCGUCUCGUCUUGGACAAUUGCUGCAACUCUGCUCACAUCUACCAACUACGGCUACCAAUUCGGCGUUAGCGGACCUUACUGGUACGGCGCAGGAGCGUCGGUCCAGAUCCUCCUCUUCUCGGUUGCGGCGAUCGAAUUGAAACGCAAGGCUCCCAACGCCCACACUUUCUUGGAAGUGGUCAAAAUCCGAUACGGAGCACCAGCGCACAUUGUCCUGUCACUCUACUCGCUGGUUUUCCAGGUCAUCCAGUCCGUGAAUCUACUGGUUGGCGGCUCGGGUCUGUUUGCAAACGUCACCGGCAUGAGCAGUGAUGCAGCUUGCUUUCUCUUUCCGCUGGGUGUCAUUGUGUACACAUUAUUCGGAGGGAUGAAGGCGACGUUUCUAACCGAUUGGGUACAUUCGGUGACCAUCUACAUGAUCAUGCUGGUCUCUAUCUUUACGGUUUAUACGACAUCAUCAUUGGUCGGCUCGCCAGCCAGGUUGUGGGAACUGCUCACGGAGGCCGCCCAUCUACACGCGGUCGAGGGCAACGCUGAUGGUUCCUACCUCACAAUGAAGAGCCAACAGGGCGGAUACGUCGGGCUUAUCUUCAUCGGCAGUGGGUUUUCAGCUGCUGUCGACAGCCAACUGUUUCAGAAGGCCAUUGCUGCAGACCCGGUUGCCACGUUGCCCGGCUACCUCCUCGGAGGGACGUGCUGGUUCGCCAUUCCUUUCGUGCUUGCCUCGACAUACGGGCUGACGGCCGCGGCUGUCGAGCACUUGCCUUCGUUCCCCACAUACCCUAACCGAAUGAGCGCGCGAGAGGUGGCCACGGGAAUGGCGCUCCCCUACGCCGCGACGACCAUUCUGGGAAGAGGCGGGGCCAUUGCCAUCCUGCUGAUGGUUUUCAUGGCAGUCACUUCAGCCAUGUCGUCCGAGACCAUGGCCACCGCAGGUCUGCUAACCUACGACUUCUACCACGCCUACAUCAACCCCAACGCCACGGGCAAGCAGCUCAUCCGCUUCUCGCACUCGGUCGUUGUCCUGUUCGGUUUGAUCAUUGCGGCCAUCGCCUGCGGCUUCAAUCAUGCCGGCUUCUCCGUCAACUACCUGACCACCUGCAUCGGCAUUAUUGUGGACUCGGCCAUCGUCCCCAUGGCCUGCACCAUCAUGUGGUCCAAGCAGUCCAAAGCGGCCGUCAUCCUGGCUCCCCUGCUCAGCUCCGCGGCCGGCCUUGCGGCCUGGCUAGGCAUUGCUUACACGAAGUACGGUGCCGUGACCUUGACGACCACCAGCGAGAACCUGCCUCUGGCCAUCGGAAACGUCGUGGCUGUCGUUGCGCCCACAGUCUUGGUGCCCCUGAUCACCUACAUCAAACCGGAGCACUUUGACUUCAAUCGAUUCCGAGAGAUCAAGACCGCCGAUGAUGCAAACCACGGCGUCGCCCGUGCUAGCUCGGUCAUAUCUGCCGAACAAGAGGCGACCCUGGUGGCGAGCCAUUACGAUGACAAUAGGUUGCGACGCGCUCGUAACUGGGCCGCCACUGCCAGCGUUGCGCUGACAUUGUGUUUCCUGGUCCUUUGGCCCCUACCUAUGUAUGGCUCUGGUUAUGCAUGUGUUGACCUGUGUUUCUUCGAAUCAGUCUUCUCCAAAGGCUUCUUCACCGGCUGGGUGGUCGUCUGCUUCCUGUUCGCCAUCUACGCUUCCGGCACUAUCACGCUGCUGCCGUUGAUCGAAGGUCGCAAGUCGAUCGUCCGCUUCGUCUUCGAGGUCGUCCUGCAGCGUCCUGUACCUGGAGAAUCCGCGCUCUCGGAGGGCGUUGAGCUUGACACUCCGGGAUCACAGGAUGAUGGGAUCACAGCUACCGUGGGCAAAGAGGGCGAGAAGGUGCAAAUCCGAGCAUCAUAG